GCGCGGUCUUGGACGCCGGCAGUUCUCGGCCGCAACCUGGAGUUCCUCUGCUGCUCCCGGUGCCCGGGGUGGGCGAAUUCAACGGAGAUCUGCGCACGUCGGACAUCGGACCAUCGGAGAGGGAGAAACUCCGAGAGCCAGGGCGAAGCAGGGCGAAGGUUCCGAAGAGCUCAGAAUGGGCCACGAAGGGCGGCGUGCUUCACAGCAACUCCCAUGAGAAGGCUGCAGCCGAGUUCUAUUUCGGUUCUAAAGGCUGUCGCUUCUCCUCUUGUCCGCACGGGACGUCGCACUGCUCCAAGCUUCCCAGCUUCCUCGGUGAUGGCGACAUUGCUCUGUGACAGCCGUAGGAACCUCUUCUCUGGCCAUGUUUUCACAUGGCUUGGAGGGGUCCAUUCCAUGUCCAUGCUUACUCUGAGCACAGGCGCCGAGUCCACCCAGUUGCCAUUCACGCCCGUGACACCUCUGCAGGUUACUUGUACGCAUAGCGGUGACCUUGUCUACUGCGGAGCCGAGGGAUAUCGCCAAGCCUGCAUCUCGCAAGCCGCCAGCAACGUGUUUAAGAAGUUUACGUGGAUGAAAGCCGUGCGCCUGAUCAGGACCCCUUCAGCAGAUGGUGCCGUGGCGGCAGGCCCGCACACUGCGCGAGACUUCACCGGCACGCCCGUGAUGUUGUUUGAUCACUGGUCU